UACUCUGCUUGAAGGGCGGUAGAGGAUCUUAAAAACAGUGCUGCUACACUUUCUUUCAGAAGGGAUUCCUAAAGGUGAAGUUUGGUAACCUGUCAAAUAACAUGCCAGAACUCGGGAUAAGAGACUGCAGAAAGGAAGUCUAAAAUCAAGGAUGGCAGAAACUGGUUCCUCAAUUCAGCAGCAGUUUGUGAGCUGGGACCUUCGUUCCAGGCAAAAGCUGACAUUGCUGCUGGAUAAGGGCAGCAUGGUCCCCAAGCUGUACAUGUGUUUUUCUUUAAUGACAGAGGGGGGAAAUACUGCAUAGUUCACAUCUCUGCCUACAGCAGGGCAGCAACAAAAAACAACAACAAAAAAGCUAAGAACGCAAAACACUUUGUAUCAGCAGUUUAGUGUGUGAUUAGUGUGAAGAGCAGGUGAUAAUCAGCAACUGAAGAGGCAGGAAAUGGUUAGAGGGGUUUAAAAUAGGCGUCUCAGCAGCCCUGACAGCCAUGGCCUCUUCAGAGAGAAAGACGAGCAGAUCUUCAUUCUCGCAGCUGUAGUGUGGAAAGUUUUGUUCAGAGAAUUUCCCAGAUGUAUUGCCUUUCCUGAAAGCCCAUCACCAGCAGGUAGACCCUCAGCUGUAGGAGUAGACCAUGUCAGAAAACAUCCUGGAAGAGAUUUUUGUAAAACGCUCCCAGCAGAAGAAGAAAACCUCACCGCUGAACUACAAGGAAAGGCUCUUUAUUCUGACGAAUGACAAGAUAAGCUACUAUGACUAUGAUUUUGAUAAAGGGAAAAGGAAGAGUUUGAAAGGCUGCGUGGAGGUUGAGAAGAUCAAAUGUGUAGAGACGGUGCUUCCAGAGGAGAACGCUCCUGCAGACCGGCUCUUCCCAUUCCAGAUCAUCUAUGACGAAGGGCCUCUGUACAUUUUUGCAAAAAACGAAGACAUUCGAAGACAGUGGAUCCACAAGCUGAAGCAUGUGGUCAGGUUCAACAAAGACCUUGCACAGAAGUACCACCCCUGCUUCUGGGCGGACGGCAUCUGGCUGUGCUGUCAGCAAGAGGUCAAGCAGGCCCUGGGGUGCCGCGUUAUAGAGACCACUAAGAAUGGAGGAUUCAAAGGAUCUCGACGGAAAUCCCGGAAGCCACUGCCUCCUACACCUGUGGAAAGGGAGGUCUCCAGGCCUCUCCCCCCACAGCCGCCCCCCCAGCCCCAGCCCCCGCCCCCCGAACCGACCUGCCUGACGGUGGUGGCGGAGUACGAUUACACGCCCAUGACCGAGCAGGACCUGCAGCUGCGGAAGAACGAGGAGUACACCAUUCUGGACAGGAGCGACACACACUGGUGGAGAGCGAGGGACAAAUACGGAAAAGAAGGCUACCUACCCAGCAACUAUGUGAUUGAGGCUGGGAAUGAGCUUGAAAGGUUUGACUGGUACUGCAAGAACACGAACCGCAGCCAGGCGGAGAACCUUCUGAAGGCAGAGAAUAAGGAUGGAGGCUUUUUGGUGCGAGACUCUAGUAAAGCUGGAAAAUACACUGUCUCUGUGUUCACAAAAUGUCCAGGGGACGCCUCCGGAAGCUGCAGGCACUAUAACAUCUGCACAACAGCGUCAGGCCAGUUUUACCUGGCAGAAAAACACAACUUCAACACCAUCCCAGAGCUCAUCAACUACCACCAGCACAACGCUGCAGGCAUGGUGAGCAGACUGAAGCAUGUAGUUUCUGCCCGAGCUCACAGCGCUCCCUCCACCGCGGGGCUGGGAUACGCUGGUUGGCCCGGAUGUCACACUCCCAGCCUCACGGCUGUGGCCCUUGCGUUUGCUACAGGGAUCUGGGAGAUUGACCCUCGUCACCUGACCUUCAUCAAGGAGCUGGGCAAUGGACAGUUCGGGGUGGUCAAGUACGGGAAAUGGCAAGGCCAGCAUGAUGUGGCCAUUAAGAUGAUCAAGGAAGGUUCCAUGUCUGAGGAUGAUUUCAUCGAAGAAGCCAAAAUCAUGAUGAAGCUUCGACACCAAAAUCUGGUGCAGCUGUAUGGCGUCUGCACCAAGCAGAGACCCAUCUACAUUGUGACGGAGUUCCUCGCCAAUGGCUGCCUGCUCAGCUACCUCCGCGAGACCCUCAAGUUGCCCAACCAGGUGCAGCUCAUGGAGAUGUGCAAAGACGUCACCGAAGGAAUGGCCUACCUGGAGUCCCAGCAGUUCAUCCACAGGGACCUGGCUGCCAGAAAUUGUCUGGUGGAUAGUAACGGGACAGUCAAGGUCACCGAUUUUGGACUGUCAAGGUACGUCCUGGACGACGAGUACACCAGCUCCUCCAGCAAGUUCCCUGUGCGCUGGUGCCCCCCUGAGGUCCUUCUGUACUGCAAGUUCAGCAGCAAGUCCGACAUCUGGGCCUUCGGGGUCCUGAUGUGGGAGAUCUAUACUCUAGGGAAGAUGCCCUAUGAACGCCUCAACAAUACAGAAAUUGUGGAACAGGUGUCAGGGGGGGUGCGGCUCUAUCGCCCCCAGCUGGCCAAUGAAAGGGUUUACAGCAUCAUGUCUAGCUGCUGGCAUGAGAAACCAGAGGAGAGACCAUCAUUUCAGGGACUUCUUUUAUAUAUUCAGGAAAUUCUAUAUGAGCUUCAGGAGCUUUGAAUAUGUUAUUUUUUUCUGGAGUACUUCCUUUUAGAUCCUGCGCGCUGUUAAAAUACAAUAAAACAAUCUUCAACAGAGCGAAGACACAUUUCUGAAAGUUGGUUCCAGUAACAGACCACAGAAACGUGUCUAAGUACAAUGAAUUUACAGUAAUGUUAAUAAUUAACAAAGUCCUGAAAUGUCAGAGAACCCAAACAAUGUGAAGAAAACUUUGAAUUACAUUAUUCGGGCACCUUUAAGGAAGUUUGCAGGCGAGCAAGUGUGUGGCAAACCUGUUUGGGAACCUGUUUUCUUCUGCUCCGAAUCCUGAGAGAAAGCUAAUUUGUACAAUUUGCAGCCACCAACAUUAUGUGCAUCUUUUUGUUGUAAGAACACUUAUAAAAUUGUUCAGCCACAGUUCCUUUUUCAUGUUUACGUCGUGACAUGAAAAAGGAUACAGAGUGUUGAUAGUGCUAAUUGAUCAGGGUAAAAGCACAAAGCCUUGUGUUGUUGCUGUUGAAUAAUUCGAUUCAAAUGCCACGCAUGUCUAUUUCUCCCACUGUCACCUUCAAAAGGACACAGCAUGCUCCUAAUUGCCUCAGGACAGGAUCAGGGGUUUCAGCUCUAGGGAGUCCUGUGUCUGCUGGGUUUCACUUAGAUGUCUUUAUCGGGCCCUUUUCUUGAAGUGGCUGAAAAGCUUCUAAAAUCCAAUGGAAUUCAGCUUUAGAUGUUAAAUGUGCUCUAAAAAUUAUUAUAUAAAUAAAUUAUUUGAGUUA